CCCUGGCGGUCCAGCGCUUGACAGGUUGGUUGCUCUUGCAUCAUUCCCUUCCUUUUUUUAGCCGCGCUCACAGCGCUCCAUUUACAGGGUUUUUAGCCCAAUCGCUCAAAUUUCUGCCCUUGGCAUCGCUGGAAGCGACAACUUUUUUUUUUGAUAACAGAAGCGACAACUUUUGAUCUCCGAUCCUUCGCUUCUUCUCCUCUCGAUUCUUUCUAUUUUUCUUUUCUUGAUAUCAGGGUUUAUGUGUUUGUUUCUUGGGUUCCAACGGAUUCUAUAUCGAAUUUAGGGUCAUUUCCUUUGGUAAUCCAGAAGGGGAAUUGGUGAUGUUUACGCGGCAGAAGAAAGGGUGGUCCCUUCUGCCGAGGGCCGCUGAAAGGAGCAGUGGCUCGGUCCCAUUAAACCCUAGAGAUGGCAGCGGAAUGCUUCUUAAUAGGGGGAAUGGGAAGGGGAAGGAGAUUGCGGUGGCUGAGGCACGGCCUCCACCACCCCAGGCAUCUCCUGGGGAUGAUAAAGGUGCUGUCUUGGCCAGGGAAUGCGGGGAGGAGGAGGUCUGGAGGUCGUUUAGAGAGGCAGGCUUUCUCGACGAGUCUGUGUUGCAAAGAAGGAAUUGUGAAGCGUUUGCUCAAAGAAUUUCAGAUCUCGAGAAAGAGCUUUAUGACUAUCAGUAUAAUAUGGGGCUUCUCCUGAUUGAGAAGAAUGAGUGGGCUUCUAAAUAUGAAGAAAUAAGGAAAGGAUUGGCAGAAGCAGAGGAAACUCUAAAGCGUGAACGGGCAGCACAUUGGAUUGCUAGAUCUGAACUAGAAAGGCAGGAUGAGAAUAUGAGGAAAGCUUUGGGGGUUGAGAAGCAGUCUAUCAUUGAUCUAAAGGCCUUGCAUGAGGAGUCCGGGGAAAAUGCCGAAGCUAAAUUCAUGUUUGAUAAGAAGUUGGUUGAAAUUCAUGCUCUGGAGGCAAGUAUUGGGGAUGGAUAUUUGGAGAUUAAAGGAAAGCUACAUUCUGCAGUUCCUAGGCUAGCAGAAGAAAGCCAGAAGAAUCCAGAGACGGGCAGAAAAUUAGAGGAUGUGGAGGCUUAUGAACAUGAGAUUCAAAAAGAAUCCACAGCCUUUACAACUGGAAAGAGAAAACAUGAGGAGCUCACUCAACAAAGAGAAGAGUUGCGAUCUUGGGAACAGAAGCUGCAGGAUCGUCAGAAAAAGCUUGAUGAGGAGGAAAAAUUCCUUGAUGAGAGGGAGAAUGAGGCAAAUGAGAGAGAUAUUAUUCUCAUACAGGAUGAGGAAGAGCUUGAAGAGGCAAGAAAAGAAAUGGAGGUUGCUAAUAAUUCAUUAAAAAAUAAAGAGAAGGAUAUCAAUGCAGGACUGGAAGCUUUAGAUGCUAAAGAGAAGUUAGAGAUCCAGAAACUUUUAGAUGAUCACAACAUGAUUCUGGAUUCCAAGAAACAAGAGUUUGAGUGGGAGAUGGAGAAGAAAAGAAACAUCUUUGAUCAAGAGGUGAAAGACAGAUUGGACGCAGUGGAGAAGAAGUCCACUGAAAUCAACAUCAGAGAGGUACAAAUUUUUAAUAAAGAGCAGGAUUUGGAGAUUGAACUGCAGAAAUUGAAGGACAAGGAGAAAUUUAACGAGAUAUUGGACGCUUUAAAGGAGAGGGAGGACUCCAUAAGAAAAGAUGAGAAUAAGUUGCAGGAUGAAAAAGAGAAGCUAGCUAGAGAUACCCAGAAGCUGCUGUCCUCUCAAACUGAACUUGAGAAUUCAAGAAAUGCAAUGGAAGCUGAAAGACUACAAACUAUCAGGGAGAAGGAAAAUCUUAAAGUAGCCAAGGAGGAGAGGGCGCACCAUCUUCAACUGCAAUCAAAAUUAGAGCAGGAGAUUGGUGAUUACAGGAUCAUGAAAGAAUCACACAGAAAAGAAACCGAAGAGCUGAGAAAGGAAAGGGACAGGCUUGAGAAAGUGUCGGAAGUGCUGGAUAAUAGAAAAUUAGCAUUGGAAACAGAGCUAAAGCAGCUCAAUGUUGAGAAAGAAAGGUUUGAAAAAUGGCAAUGUGUUGAAGAAGGAAAAUUGAAAAAAGAGAGGCUGGAAUCAACCAUUCAUAUCCAGAGGGUGUUGGAAGAACUUAGACUGAUAAAGGAGACUUUUGGAAAAUCAUUAGUACACCAAUUGGAUCCUGUUGAAUUGUUCAAGAAGAAACAUGCCGAUAUCAAGGAUGCAGAUGCAUUGAAAAUUCAUAAGUUGAAUCCAGAUCAAGAUUGGCUGGAAGGGGAUAAAGAACUCUAUGUUUGUAGAAAUAAACGGGAAGCUGAGCAGCUAGAUAUUCAGAAGGACAUCAGUAUCCUCCAGUUAAUCUGCAAGAACCUGAAGAAUCAACAAGAAGUUGUGAUAAAGGAAAAGGAGCGCAUUUUUGCCCUGGCUGAGCAGCUCAAGUGUUGCAAAAACUGUGGGUUCAAAAUUGAUGAUGCAGAUAUCCAUGGUAUUCAAAUUCCAAACGGAACUGAGGGUUCGGAGAACAUUCUUCUGUCAACCAUUGCUAAUGACUAUUUGAAGGAGCCUCAGGAGGGUGAGAAUACAGAUGUAUCUCCUCAGGGUACAAGCCCUCCACAUGUUACCUCACGUGGCUGUGAGUCCUUGCUGCAAAAAUGUUCAAGCUUGUUCUCCCACAGAAAAGUGGUUAAUCAGUCUUCUGAUGGUCAUAUAAAGAAAUCCUGUUUAUUUGAUGCUCAUCUUGAUGCAGAGGCUCUGGAUGAUGAAGUGAAGUUCCAAUAUGUACCAUCUUUCAGUGUUGCGAACGCUGCUGUUGAUAUGUGUAGGGCUCGAUCUGUUGGUGGAGUUUCGUAUGAUGGAGAAUCAAAAGGACUAGGUAAAGCUAAUGAUGUGGCAAAACCUUCAUUUGGAGUGGCAGAUAUUUCCACUGAAAUGAUGAAAUUUCAGUCAGCCAAUGGUGCAACGGAGAUGGAAGGUGUGCCAAAUUUUCCCUUGAUUCAUGAACAGAAUGGCAGGGAGGGAUCUUUUCUGCUUCCUGAGACUAAUUCCCAGCUUCAGGCAUCGAAACAGAGACAGCACCAAUCCAGCUCGAGUGCUGGGUCUAAAAUUAUCAAAAGAACAAACUCUGUUAAGGCAGUUAUUGAAGAUGCCAAAGCUAUCACUGGGGUGAAUUCUGAAGAGAAACAUGAUAAACCUUCAAAUGGGGAAGACGGAUAUUCUCAGUAUGUUCAUGAAGAAAGCCGAGAUGACUCUGUUCAUGAUGAUCAGGUGGCAUCAAAUGCAGAGCAGAACACACAUUUUUCUGAUGCUUCUGGAUUGACAAACAGCGAGCUGGAUGCAGGGGAUGGUGAAGUGCAUUUUGAAAGUGUAUCAUGCCGGGCGCAUAGGAAAAGACGGCAAACUACAUCGCCUGGAACGGUAACCCCAGGAGUGAAGCGCUAUAACCUCAGACGCUCCACAAUCAUGGCCACAAUGACAACAGCCCAAGGAUCAUCCAAUCAGAGCAAAGGACAGAAGAAGUGAAGCCUAUGGCAGCCACAUUAGAAACAAGAUGGUGAAGGGUGGUGGUGGUGAUGAUGGGGUUUUAAGACAUGAAGUUAAUGGCGCAUUUUUGUCAGCAUUUGUUAGUCUCAAUGAGAGAAUCGCUUGCGUCUCAAGGACACCUAGGUGGGAAGUGACUUUGAAAGUUGUGAUUUCUCAUUUUAGCUGGAGCUUGACCUGUCAUUCCAUCCAUGUAUAGGAUAAUAAUUCCCUCCAAAAGUGCAUUUGGGUUUGCAGGAGGCUUCAACCAUUUGUUCUUAGCUGAAUAUAUGUGCUUCAAGCUGUAUCUCCACCCGCAGAGGAUGUUAUGCGGAUAUGCUAGGUGCAAUCCCGAGAUUGAUGGGAUGCCACAAAUCAUUCUUUUUCAAAAAGAUAUGUGGUAUCCCAUAUAUCGUUUUGUACAAGAGUCCAACUUCGAGUGCCAUGCCAUUGCUUAUUAUUAUUAUUAUUAUUAUUAUUAUUAUUUACUGCUGCUUCUGUUGCUGCUACUACUAUUAUUAUUUAUAAUUUUUAUUAGAACUAGGAUGGAGCAAGUCCAUCAAAACUCAAUCCAGGUCAUUGGUACCGUUUCCUGUAAGGGCCUGAAAUAGAGGGGACCCUCCUGCUAAUCCCUCGCUUAAUGUUUUUAGUUUUUGUUUCAUGAACAUGACAAUUCCUUGCUUAUCAGGGCCCAACAAUUGUCCCCUGUCCACAAGGUUGAGCUGUAAAAGAAUGAACGCAUGGUAGCCCUUGAGCACAUGAGCGCCACACAAUACUACCAUUUGUUAUAUUUUAUAUUAAUG